AUGGAGCAGUACCACCCCAACCCGACACGCAAGAUGUCCUGCAUGGACAAGGGAGGGCACCCGACCUUUACCACCAUCCUUGCCUUCCUCGCGCUCGUCGCCUGCGCGCUCGACGGCCUGGCGAUCGGCAUCGCGGCCGACUACGUCGGCAUCCAGGCGGCGUACGGCGUCGGCCUCCUCCUCGACCUGUACAUGCUUUCCAUUGCCAUCGUCGCAUCCUGGAGCACAAUCACAUACUCGGUCAAGGGCAGGUACCCGCUCAAGUCCAAGUCAUACAACGUGCUGCAGUGGUGCGCACUCGUCGGCGCCAUCCUCCGCCUCAUCAUCGCCAUUGCCGGCGCGGCGCUGUUCCUCACCUACGGCGCCAUUGUCGGCAUCAUUGUCGGCCUGUGCUACUGCGGCUACUGGUUCUAUGUCUUCCACAUGAUGUACCAGCGCACGGGCAAGAACCCCAACUACCACAGCGGCGAGGCGGCGGCUGGCCUGACCAACAACAUGGCCCCGAUGGGCGGGUACGCCCAGAAGCCAUACUACGACGGCGGCCACCCGUACGCUGCUGUCGGCUCCCAGACUGCUCCCCAGCUCCAGUAUGCCGCACCCGCACCCUCACAGGCGCAGCAGCCGGCGCCGGGGCAGGGGUACCCGUAUCCCCAGGGCUACUACCAGGGGUCGUAUGGGCGAUGA